UCAGAUCUAUUGUCACGUGAAAUACCGGCGGCUAUAAAAGGCCAGUAUAUAUUUGAUAAGCAUUUAUUUUUCAAAAUGUCAGAGGCAGGACAACGCGUUGUUAUUCUUGGAGGUGGAGUUAUUGGUUCUUCAAUCGCAUAUCAUAUAACCUUACUUAACAAAGACCCGAAUUUGAAGGUUACUGUUGUCGAACAGACUGCGAUUGGUUGCGCUGCCUCGG